AUGUCUACCUCUUCAAGCAAUGACUCAAAUACGCAAAAAAAACCCACUGUAAUUUUAUGUAUUGGUAUGGCAGGCUCCGGUAAAACAACUUUUAUGCAGCGAUUAAAUGCACAUCUUCAUGGUAUUAAAAAACCACCUUACAUAAUAAAUCUUGAUCCUGCAGUUACUCAACUCCCAUUCACUGCGAAUAUUGAUAUUCGAGAUACAGUAAAUUAUAAAGAAGUUAUGAAACAAUAUAGUUUAGGUCCAAAUGGUGGUAUAGUAACAAGUUUGAACUUGUUUACCACAAAAUUUGAUCAAGUUUUAGAAUUUGUAUCAAACCAUACGCCUGGACAAAUUGAAAUAUUCACAUGGUCAGCUUCUGGCACAAUUAUAACUGAAGCAUUAGCUGCAUCUUAUCCAUGUGUGGUAGCUUAUGUCAUUGAUACACCUAGAACAGCAAGCCCAUCAACAUUUAUGAGUAAUAUGUUAUAUGCAUGCAGUAUUUUAUAUAAAACAAAACUCCCAUUUAUACUGGUAUUUAAUAAAACAGAUGUAGUUUCACAUCAAUUUGCUGUUGAUUGGAUGACUGAUUUUGAAUCUUUUCAAGAAGCACUUCAAAAAGAUACUAGUUAUAUGACUUCACUUAUGAAUUCAAUGUGUUUGGUUUUAGAAGAAUUUUAUAAACAUUUACGAUUAGUUGGUGUAUCAGCAAUGUCAGGUUUAGGAAUGGAUGAAUUUUUUGAAGCUGUAGGUGAAGCUGUUAAAGAAUAUGAAAAAGACUAUAAACCAGAAUUGGAAAGAUUAAUUAAAGAAAAGGCAGAACGAAAAGAAGCAGAGAAACAAGCACAGUUAUCAAGAUUAAUGAAAGAUAUGGACGUAGCAGAUAAAUCACCUAAAAUGAUAGAUCCUGAUUACAAAGCAAUGAAAUCAUAUCAAGGUAAACUUGAAGAAGAAACUUUUGCCCAUUGGAUACAACAAACCCGUCAAGGAGGUAGUGAUGGUGGAAGUGGAAUAAUUUGA